CCACCCCACUGACGCUAUAAGAAAAACCACGAGCUCGCAGUCCACGGUCAGAACUCAGACCAACACAUCUGCCGCAGUCAAAGCUAGCCCUUAGCCACCAGAGCAUUCCGGACCACAUCAACGCCGGCCAUGCGCGCUCCGGCGAGAGUCCUGCACCGCGCGGCCGCCCUAACCGCCGCCGGCACCACAGAGACGUCGUCGUCACCUGCCUCGCCACAGCAACCGACGGAGCAGGCGGCGCCGAUGGCGGUGGACUCGGACAUGACGGUCAUCCUGGCAUCGCUGCUAUGCGCGGUGGUCUGCGUGCUCGGGCUCGCUCUCGCCUCCCGGUGCGCAUGCCGACGCCGAAGCUCCAGCUCCACUUCCUCCUCCGACGCACCACCGAAGGGCCUCAAGAAGAAGGCCAUCGACGCGCUCCCCACCGUCUCCUUCGCCGCCGCCGCCGCUUCGCCGCAGCCGGCGGCAACGGAGUGCGCGAUAUGCCUGGCCGAGUUCGCGGAGGGGGAGGGCGUGCGCGUUCUCCCGCGGUGCGGCCACGCCUUCCACGCGCUCUGCAUCGACGCUUGGCUCCGGACCUGCGCCACCUGCCCCUCUUGCCGCGCCUCCAUCGUUGCUGCUCCAGCACCCACGGUGGUCGUCGUAGUGGCGGGGAACAACAGGUGCGGGAGGUGCGGCGAGGCGCCGGCGCCGGCUGGUGAUGGGGACGACAUCACGUUCUUGCCUUAAUCAGUUUUUCUUAUUCUUCCUCCGGUCUCUUGCCUUUUCCUCCGGUUUGCUAGUUAUUAGGCUGUGUAAUUAAUUAAAUUUUUCUUACUUAGUCGAGUAUUUAAUUACCAUCAGCUAGUAAGUAGUACUCACUUGUGUUGUUACCUUUGUUAGGCCAUAUAUAUAUUCUCUGAUAGGCUAGUUUUGUACCUUUGUUGUAAAGUGUAUAAAUAUGUACACAAUUCAGUUCACCGUACGUGGUUGUACCAUAUAUAUUUUUCCUUUCUGCGGCA